AGAUUUGUAGCUGGGCAGGAGCCACUGGGCAGGAGGGGACUACUUACUUCGUCUCGUUAGGCCAUAGGAAGAGGCAAAUGUGGAGUUUAGUUUAAAAAAAUAAAGAAGAAUGAGCGGUUGUCUAGACGGAAUUCAUUGCCCCCACAUUGAGAUAGACUGUGGAGAAAAGCGAAAUCAAAUUGCAUCGGUUGUUGCUGGAGGGUUGUUUUUUAUAGGUUGGUGGUUUGCUAUUGAUACAGCUGCCAAUGACCCACUGACCAACAAAACAUUCCACCUCUGCGGUGUUGCCUCCACCAUUGCUCUCUUCAUGGUGAAUGCAGUGUCAAAUGCACAGGUUAGAGGAGACUCAUAUGAAGCAGGUUGUUUAGGGCAAACAGGAGCAAGAAUUUGGCUCUUGAUUGGAUUCAUCAUGGGCUUUGGUGGGUUGAUAGGUGCCUGUUGGGUCCUGUUUGGAGCAUAUGUUGUCACUGGUGUUCCUGAUCCUUGGCCUGGUGUUGCAAUAUUUCUGCAGAAUUCCUUCAUUUUCUUUAGUGCAUUGGUCUUCAAGUUUGGUAGGACAGAAGACAUCUUCUGAUUCUAACUCCUGAUUAGAGACAUGGUAAUGCAUUUGAUGUUUUCCUGUAAAUAGCUAUUUCGUUGAAUUUAAGAUGAGUCUUGUAAACACCAUGCUUUAUUUUCCUAAAAAUUAAGCAUUAUUUGUAAGUACUAGUUUACUUUUUGUAGAAAUAGUGUAAACACUAUUUGUCAAAAAAAUAAUUAAGUUUUUGACUGAAUUAAAUCUUUAGACUGACUGAA